AUGUCUCGCCAUUGGACAGCGUUGCUCUUUGGGCUGAUGGUGAUGAUAAUUACCACAAGCUGCAAUGGUGGGAAGGUCCGGCCAAAACCCAUGGACAGCCAGUCGGACGAUAGUAGAUCUGACGAGCAUGAUUUGGAGGAGACCAAGACUGGAAACCCCCCUCCAGGUCCUACUUACCCUUCUCCAAGUUGGUUCCUUUUCCUAAAGUUAUUUCUAAAGGACCUCCCACCAACGACGCCGACUUAUAAGUUGCUUUAUGAGGUGGCUCAAAAGAAUACCGAACUUGGUUUGGAUAAUGGACUUCUUCAAUUGAACAUCACAGAGUUGGGACGUAAGAUGUGCUUCAUCAACAAGCUUGAUUAUCUACAGGAGGCAUUCAACAAACAAGAAUUUUUAGAUAUCGAUGUAGAUGUCAAUACCGUCAAUUUCCCACUCACAUUGACUGCUUCUAUUCAGGCUAAUGGUCCUGCUCAUGACGAAACGCAAGCAUUUGUCCACAAAUACAUCAAGAAUCCCGAAUUCAUGAGGAAUGAAAUCACUCCUCGGAUGAACACAGCCAUCACGGGUUUGAUAAGCCAGCUGCAAGCAAACCCUGAUUACACCAAAGUGAUCACUCCGAUGCUAGGCUACGCCGAUGACCUCUUUCACCGCAUCACCUUCAACGAAGUUGGUAGUUAUGACCUGGCACAAGGCACUUUCGGCUCCGAUCUCAGUAUUUUGGCUUUACAACUUUUUAAUCCACAGCUGUUCGUCCCAACCCCAGGCAACAGUCCGGAGCUCAACAUUGUGAAAGAGUAUCUUCAAGAUCAGUCGGCAGCUUCCGCGGGUGACAAGAAAUCUCUUGUCGGAUUGUAUCACGAUUACAUCAACAACCUUGAAUCCCCUAUUGCCCGACCUGAGGAUGUUUGGCGUCACAUGAUGGACCUGUUUGUUGGAGGAAGGACUAACAUUGGAGUGGGCCUCGCUUUUAUCAUCUAUCGCCUUGCCGAAGAUCAGAACCUCCAAGACAGGAUUCGCAAAGAAAUCUCGAAGUUUGAAGACAACGUAAAUUACGACGAUCGCUUUACGAAUUUUCCGGAAACAAUGUCCUUCAUCUACGAGAUUUACAGGUUUCAUCCAUUGGUUCCUCUUGGAGUAACACACGUGGCUUCCGCUGAUGGGAAGAUAGGUGGCUUCGAUAUCAACAAGGAUACAAGGAUCCUACCUAACAUCUACUCUAUACACAACGACCCCCUCUACUGGAAGAGCCCUGAAGUCUUCAACACCACAAGGUUUCUGCAAUUGAACGACGGGGACCUUACGUUUGAUUCUGGAUCUGCCAAUGCCACCCGAGUUGUUUCAUUCUCCACUGGAAGGAGAUCUUGCCCCGGUGAGUUACUCGCCCGAAAUAUUUUCUUCAAGACUACUGUACGACUAGUUCAGAACUUCAGGAUGUCUCUGAUGCCGAGUGUGAAUGUUAACAUCAAUGAGGUUUACAGUGCACUGUUCAUGAAGCCACCAGAAUACCAAGCAAAGUUUGAUCCAAUUCUUUAAGGGAACCAACAUUGCCAUUGGAUUGAUUGGCCUAGCCUGCUGGAAAAAACACAGUGUAACAUAGUGUGUUAACAUUAAGAUGUGACUCACACUGUUAAAAUGCUAUAAUUUAACACCAUAUAGAUAACUUCAUAAUAUGUGUCACACGGUGGGGCACGUAGUGUUACACACUAUGUGGCACACAGUGUGACACACUGUGUUACAUUUCGUAACACACUGUGUGGAACACAGAGUAACACACUGCGGGUCUGAGUAACACACUGUGUAACACAUAGUGGAACACACUAU